GGCGGGCAGCAGCAUGGACCUCUCCUUCAUGGCCGCGCAGCUUCCUGUUAUGGGAGGAGCCUUUAUGGACUCACCAAAUGAGGACUUUAGUACAGAGUACUCUUUGUUUAACUCAUCAGCCAACGUCCAUGCAGCUUCUUCCAUGCAGAAUCCACCAGAAGAAACAUCCCGGUCUUCAAACGAUGCCAUAUUGUUAUGGAUUGCAAUCAUAGCAACAAUUGGAAAUAUUGUGGUUGUAGGAGUGGUGUAUGCCUUCACCUUCUAGGAUGCCUGUCACUCCAACACUGGAAGAGAGGAUAGCUGCAGCAGUAUUUGUCAUGUGUAUGUAUGUGUGUAUAUAUUCAUGUAUAUCUAUAUAAAUACAUAGAGGUAGGGACUUUGUUGAAUAAGUACUGCCACAAUCACAGAAAAGAAAAUGCAAGCUAAUCAUUAUGAAUCUUGACUGCAGAAAGUUUGGAUGUUAUGACAAACUAUAUGGAGGUGAGAGCUCUAAUGGAGAAUAGUGCUAACACAAGAUUUGUAUGGAAAUACAAUGAAAGGCAAACCAGUGUACUUAUAGUGGAUGCUAACAAAAAGGGAAGUGAGUUUAUACAGGAAGUGCUUAUUUUCUACUGUUGAGAUUUUUCUAGCAGCUUUUCUGGGUUUUGUCAGAUUUUUGUGCAUUUUUUACUGUGGUAUAGCACUGUAUGUAAUUGUUCUAUGUCAUAGUUGCUAGUUUUCCAGGUGGCAUUGACGCAGUUCUGAUAUAGUACAAAUUCAUUGUGUGUGCAUUCUAGCACUUGCAUACACUAAGCUGUGCUCAAAAUCAUGAGUCUUAGCAUUAUGAGAGGCAGAUACAUGCUACUUACACUUGCCUUCCAGUAUCAGUGACUAGAUAUGAUAAUCUAGGACUUGAUGCUCCACCUGUCUGCUGAUUGCAGGAGGCACAAAGUGUGAGUGGAAUAGAGCAGCACAAGCCCCUAUUUCUGUGUAGAGAUACUGGAUUGCAAUGACAACAGCGGUUUAUAGAUGUGUUUCAUCCAGGAACCAAAGGACAAACAUCAUGCUUUCAAGCUUAUUUCAUCAUAAUCCAGGUUUUCCACAGAACACAUUCUUUGAUAAGCAUAUAGUUGUAGCAAAUGAAUGUGGGGGAACUGUGAAGCCUAAUUAACAGUGAGUGAUGUCUAAACAAAGUUGAAUUGAAAGAAAGAUGAGUGAGUACAGGAGUCUAGUGUAUGCUGAGUAGAAAUAACACAGAAAGGUAAGAUGUGGCUGGUAAACAAGUACCUGUAACUCAGUCUUAGUAAGUCUGUGGGUUCUGGCUCCUGGAAGUGGCUUUUAUAGAGCCUACUGUAACAGCUCUGAUCAUUGAAUUUUUUUCUAUUGGGGAACAUUUUCAUUGCAUUAUUCCCAUAAGCACUUCCUUUUCAAAACAAGUUGCAGCUGUUCUUGUUUCAGAGGUUAUAAAAAUCCUGAGAGA